UGAUCCCUUCUCUCUUCGCUCUCUGCCUCUCUUCCUCCCUCUCCCCUUGCAACAGCGUAGAGGAAAAGAACAAGGAAAUUUCGAUCUCCUUCGGAAGGUGAUUGCCGCUUCCGCCUCCAUCUCUUGUUUCGAAUUGGGUUCUCGAUCGGUUCUCUUGAGGAGCAGACAGUGGUGGCGGGCUUCUGUGUUCCGCUUUUCCUUCUCUUUCUCUGGCAAUUAAAGUUUAGAGAUGGCAGACACCGAGGACAUUCAGCCUCUUGUGUGCGACAAUGGAACUGGGAUGGUCAAGGCUGGAUUUGCUGGGGAUGAUGCUCCACGAGCUGUUUUUCCCAGCAUUGUUGGACGCCCACGCCACACUGGUGUGAUGGUUGGUAUGGGCCAAAAAGAUGCAUAUGUGGGUGAUGAAGCUCAAUCCAAGAGAGGUAUCUUAACUCUGAAAUACCCUAUUGAGCAUGGCAUUGUGACCAACUGGGAUGACAUGGAGAAAAUCUGGCAUCACACUUUCUACAAUGAACUCCGAGUUGCUCCAGAAGAACACCCGGUUCUACUUACAGAGGCACCUCUCAACCCCAAAGCGAAUCGUGAAAAGAUGACCCAAAUCAUGUUUGAGACAUUUAAUUCCCCUGCGGUGUAUGUGGCUAUUCAAGCUGUUCUCUCGCUUUAUGCCAGUGGUCGUACAACAGGUAUCGUUUUGGACUCUGGGGAUGGUGUUAGCCACACCGUUCCAAUUUAUGAAGGCUAUGCCCUUCCACAUGCAAUUUUGCGUCUUGACCUUGCGGGACGUGAUUUGACUGAUGCACUCAUGAAGAUCCUGACUGAGCGUGGUUACUCUUUCACCACCACUGCUGAACGGGAAAUUGUCCGUGACAUGAAGGAAAAGCUUGCUUACAUAGCCCUUGACUAUGAACAAGAGCUUGAGACUGCCAAGACCAGCUCCUCGAUUGAGAAGAGCUAUGAGCUGCCUGAUGGGCAAGUUAUUACCAUUGGGGCUGAGCGCUUCCGAUGCCCAGAGGUGCUCUUCCAGCCAUCAAUGAUUGGGAUGGAAGCUGCAGGAAUUCACGAGACCACUUACAACUCCAUCAUGAAGUGCGAUGUGGACAUCAGGAAAGAUUUGUAUGGAAACAUUGUGCUCAGUGGUGGAUCCACCAUGUUCCCAGGUAUAGCGGACCGUAUGAGCAAGGAGAUUACUUCCUUGGCACCAAGCAGCAUGAAGAUCAAGGUGGUUGCACCACCUGAGAGGAAGUACAGUGUCUGGAUUGGAGGAUCUAUCUUGGCAUCCCUCAGCACAUUCCAGCAGAUGUGGAUUUCCAAAGCUGAGUAUGAUGAGUCGGGGCCAUCAAUUGUGCACAGGAAGUGCUUCUAAUUGCAGUGGUCACAGAGGAGGGCUUUUACUAGAAGAUUUGUUGAUUGGUUUCUGCUUUUCCAUUUUAAGUGUUGAACAAUAUGUUGUAUGCCGAUGUUUCAGUUGGAAAAAUAUGUGGCCAAUUAUUUCUUUUAUUAUUUUUUUUUUCUUUCUCUGAGUUGAAUUGUGUAAACUGAAUACUUUUGGGAGGCUUUCUUGAAAUUGUUUCUGCUUUGGGUAAUAUGAUCAGGCUAUUUAUUACCA